AUGGAUCCGCCUCGACGACCUAUACGCAUCGGCAAUUGCUCUGGCGCCAUCAACGACGGCAUUGAUCAGAUAUACCGCCUGGCCAAGUACGGUAAUGUAGACGCAAUCACUGCCGACUACCUCGCAGAGUUCAACAUCGCCUGGAAGGCAAUCGAGCUCCAAACUCAACCAGAGCUGGGAUACGAGCCAAACUUCCUCGAGCAACUCGCCUGGCACAGCGGCGACGCAGCGCGCCUCGUCGCCGAGAAAGGCAUCAAAAUUGUCCACGAUGGCGGAGCCCUGAACCCCCGGGGCCUCGCCGACCAGACGUACGCGUACUUUGAAAGCCUCGGCAUCCGCAACGUCAAGAUCGCGUGGGUAAGCGGCGACAACGUGACCGAUGCCGUAAAACGCGGCGCGUUCGGGCGAGUCAUGCAUCUCGACCAGCCCAGCGUCGAGUUUGAUCCGCACUCGCAGGGUGACGAUCUCCUUGCGGCCAACGCCUAUACGGGCAUGGCUGGCAUUGUGCGUGCGCUGGAGCUUGGCGCCGACAUCGUCAUCUGCGGGAGAUGCACCGAUGCAAGUCCCGUAAUGGGCCUUGCGACGUGGUGGCAUGGGUGGCAGACGACGGAGUACGAUGUGCUUGCUGCGAGUCUGAUGGCCGGGCACUUGAUCGAGUGCGGACCGUAUGUGACGGGAGGGAACUACUGCGGUCAGCGCGAGGUGCCGGAUCUCCAUCAUGCCGGGUUCCCCAUUGCGGAGAUCGGAGCCGACGGCGGCGCGCAAUUGCUUUAUGAGAUACAGGGCGUCUACUAUCUCAGUCCGGAUGUUGUAGCCGAUAUUGAGGAGGCAACCUUCACACAGCUUGGUAAAGAUCGCGUUCGAUUAUCGGGUGUGAGGGCUCUGCCGCCACCGUCUACGACCAAGCUGUCCAUCUGCUUGAUGGGAGGGUACCAGGCCGAGAUAUCGGCGUACGCGACUGGACUAGACACCGACUUCAAGUUCGAGGUGCUUAAGAGCCAGGUAUUGGGCCAAAUCAAACAGUCCGAUUUUACGACGUUCAGCAUCGAGAAGUACGGUUCAUCAGUGGUAGAUCCACGGUCACAAAAGCUAUGUACAACGCAUUUCCGCAUGUUUGCACAGUCUCGGACCAAGUCAGCGUUUGAGCAGUUCAAGAAAGCAAUCUUUUACAAUGGCUUACAAGGCUAUUGCGGUCUUCAUCUAGGUAUGGACUGGAGGACUAUGGAACCGAGGCCGUACGUCAGGUACUUCCCGGCCCUGAUACCACAGUCCCGGAUUCCCCUGGUCGUGAGUUUCGUUGGUGGUGAGAAACAAUAUACCAUUGAGGCACGUCAAGAUGGCGGCACACCCCCUCGCCAGCCCGAUUACGAUGCUACUGUCCCGUUGUCGAAAGUCGCGCUGUCUAGGACAGUGAGGAGACCGCUAGGGGACCUCGUCUUCGCGCGGAGCGGCGACAAGGGAGGCAACGCCAAUGUGGGCUUCUGGGUACGCAACGCUUCAGCGUGGCCGUGGCUGCAGGCUUUCAUGACAAGACGGAGGCUCAUUGAGCUGCUGGGAGGCGACUGGCAAGCUCGUUACGUGGUGGAAAGGUGCGAGUUCCCAGGGCUCUGGGCGGUUCAUUUCGUGAUCAAGGGGAUCUUACAGGAGGGCGUUAGCAGCAGCAGCGUGCUCGAUGGGUUUGCGAAAAGCCUGGGGGAGUUUCUGCGUGCCAGAGUUGUUGGCCUGCCGGUUGACUUGGUCAAGGUCGAGGAUGACCGCCGACCACGCGGGUUUGAAAGCCGUGCCCGAUCAUCAAGGUUAUGA